AUGUCGAAGGACUCUGCCAGAGGCGUCGCGUCGUCCCUGGGCAAGCUGAACCUCGCCAGUGAGAAGGCUGCUUCUAAAUCCAAGAAGACUCCUGUCGCGGACUCGUGGGAGGAUGAUGCGAAUGAGAGCUCCGGCGAUGAAGGACAGGGCCAAGGCACCUCGACGCCCGUGAGGCCAGGCACGUCGGACAUGCCAGACGCACCACCUCCGACGCCUUCAUCACCAUCGCAUACGAGGGAGCGUGACAUGGAAUAUCAGUCAUUCCAGUCACUUCAGUUCGGCGGUGGCUUUGAUAGUCCCUCUUCGAGACCUGGCACGAGUGGCGACGAGCGGCGGCCUGAUAAGACGACGUCUGUUGCUUCGAGGCUCAUCGCAGCUGGGAUUGGGCAAAAGGCACCCAAGAGGACCAAAGAGCAGCGCGAAUACGAUCAAGCUAUGAAGCUGCAGGAGAAGAAGAAGCGGGAUCAGGCGAAGGAGGAAGAGGGAAGGAAGCGACGGGAGAAGGAGCAAGCGCAGAAGGAUAUUUGGGGUGAUUGA